CACGUAAACCAAACCAAUUGUCAACCCCCAACACUACUUAACAGUUCAACCAUUCAGAAGGCAGUUUAUCUAUAAAACUCCCCUUCCUCUGACACAUUUGUAUGAAAAGUGAAGAACACGAUGCCACCGUAGAAGAGAUACAGUCGAACUUCGACCAAGCUGUCGAUAGUUUCGACGAUAUGAAACUGAAACCAGAAUUGCUCCGCGGUAUCUAUGCAUACGGGUUUGAAAGGCCCUCUGCAAUCCAACAACGCGCCAUCACUCCGGUUGCGAAUGGCAAGGAUGUCAUAGCUCAAGCCCAGUCCGGCACAGGAAAGACUGCUGCUUUUGCGGUGUCACUUUUGCAGAAAGUUGAUGUUGGCCUUCAAGCGACGCAAGCGAUCAUUCUAGCACCCACCCGUGAGCUCGCCACACAGAUCCACACAGUUGUUGUCGCCCUUGGAGACUACACAGAUAUAACCAGUCUGGCAUGUGUGGGUGGUACCAGCAUUCGCGAAGAUAUGUCCAAGCUCCGCGAUGGCGUUCAGAUUGUCGUCGGCACUCCCGGUCGUGUUCUCGACAUCAUCCGGCGCGGGUUACUCAACACUAGUACCGUAAAGGUCCUCUGCAUUGACGAAGCAGAUGAGAUGCUUUCACAGGGAUUCACUACCCAAAUCUACGAUACGUUCCAACUUCUGCCCAAUGACAUCCAGGUCGCCUUGUUCUCUGCUACUAUGCCUGCGGAGGUGUUGGAUGUGACGAACAAGUUCAUGCGCGAUCCCAUCAGAAUCCUUGUCAAAAGGGACGAGCUGACCUUGGAGGGUAUCAAACAAUUUUACAUUGCUGUGGAGAAGGAGGGAUGGAAGCUUGACACGCUCUGCGACAUCUAUGACACCGUCAAUAUUACCCAGGCCGUUAUAUUCUGCAACACCAGAAGGAAGGUCGAUAUCCUGACGGAGCAAAUGCAGAGCCGCGAAUUCACAGUGUCAGCUAUGCAUGGUGACAUGGAUCAACAAGAGCGAAAGAAUCUCAUGAAGGAGUUCCGUUCGGGAGCCUCCCGAGUACUCAUCACGACGGAUUUACUUGCUCGCGGGAUUGACGUGCAGCAGGUCUCUUUGGUGAUCAACUACGACAUACCCACCAACCGAGAGAAUUACAUCCACCGCAUUGGCCGCGGCGGUCGCUUUGGAAGAAAAGGUGUUGCUAUCAACUUUGUCACCAGCAAUGAUGUGUCCAUGUUGAGAGAGAUCGAAAGGUUCUAUUCUACUCAGAUUGAGGAGAUGCCCCUCAACGUCGCUGAUCUUAUCUAAUGAUGCGGCAGAACUAUGUACACUUGUUUAUCCGAGUUUUGUAACAAACGCGAAAUCUUAUAUUGUGAUCCUUGUCCAGUACCACUGCUAUCAUUCAUGUCUGAACGCUA